AUGAGACGAGUAAGCAACUUACUCCAACAUUUUGAGAUCCAACAGAUAGAAAAUGUGGAUUUAUGCACCAUAAAUAACGAUGAAGAGGAAGAACGCCUUAACGAUCUGUUCAAAGACUUUUCUAAGAUGAACGAACAAGUACGUAAAUGUUUUUACCGACCAGGAUAUAAAAGAGCGGCCAAUGGUACUGCAAAUGCGGCCAAAAUUCUUGGAGUUGCCAAAGCUUUGUUUGACAAGAGUACGAAGAGUAUCAUUGUCGCAUCUUUUAAAAGGAGUGGCAUCAUCUCCAUUUUCAAAGACAAAAUCUCAAGAUGUUAUUUUGACAUUAAAUAA